CAGGGUGCUCGGCAGCUUGCUGAGCACCGAAACCGGUUCCAGCAACUAACAGCGUCGAGCAGGCGGGCGCGAGUACUAGCAAUGCCUAUUUUUGGGAAAUGCUAGAGCGCUUCUUUCUUCUCCUUUAUUUUCAUCUUUUGCCAUCAGUUUUUUACUAUACAAAUCUUAUGGAGGAUUCUGAGUGAUUUCUAAGCAGAUAUACCCUGAACGUUGUUCGGAUUCACUGUUUUUGAGCGAGGCUAUAGCUUCAGAACCCGCCAAAUAUUCAGCUCCACUGUGUUCAGAAUUCAGACCAGAGCCAAGCCAACUAGCCAUGGCUAGGAUUUUGUCUACAUCUUUCUCCUCUGCUUCUCCCCCUUUAUUCAGUCAUCGGUAUUUCUCCCCGACCCAUAAUCUACGACAUUGUUCUUCUUCACAUCCAAUUCUUCCCCAAAAGCAUAAGAACUUGGUGAUUCCUGCUCAGGUCAACGUUGCUCAGAGUACAGGCUCGUCGAUCAAGUCGUUCAGCCAGUUGAUUGAGUCGUUGAUUGAUGGGGAGAGUUUAUCGGAAGCCCAAGCGGAAGAUUCCCUUGACUUCUUAUUGAACGAAGCGGAUGAGGCAUUGAUAAGUGCUUUUCUUGUGCUUUUGAGAGCCAAAGGAGAGACUUUUGAAGAAAUUGUGGGAUUAGCAAGAGCGAUGAUCAAACAUGCCCUGAAGGUCGAAGGAUUGGUCGAUGCGGUUGACAUAGUCGGUACUGGAGGCGAUGGUGCAAACACUGUAAACAUUUCAACUGGGGCUUCGAUACUUGCUGCAGCUUGUGGUGCUAAAGUUGCGAAGCAAGGAAACCGUUCGAGUUCUUCUGCGUGUGGAAGUGCCGAUGUACUAGAAGCAUUGGGAGUGGCUAUUGACUUAGAUCCUGAGGGAAUAAUAAGGUGCCUGAAUGAAGCUGGAAUUGGUUUUAUGAUGGCUCCAAAGUACCACCCUGCCAUGAAGAUUGUCCGUCCUAUAAGAAAAAAGCUAAAAGUAAAAACUGUUUUCAAUAUAUUGGGUCCCAUGUUAAAUCCAGCAAGAGUACCUUAUGCAGUUGUUGGGGUAUAUGCGGAAGAUCUGGUCUUCAAAAUGGCUGAGGCACUUCAAAGAUUUGGCAUGAAAAGGGCUCUGGUUGUCCACUCUGAAGGCUUGGAUGAAAUGAGUCCCCUUGGUCCUGGUUUGAUACUUGAUGUCACUCCAGAAAAGAUUGACAAGUUCCAAUUUGAUCCAUUGGAGUUCAAUAUACCUCGGUGCAACCUUGAUAACUUGAAAGGUGGUGGCCCAGAAUACAAUGCAGAGAUUUUGAAGCGUGUCCUAGCUGGAGAGAGAGGGCCCAUAGCUGAUGCUUUUGUCCUCAAUGCAGCAGCAGCUCUGCUGGUGAGUGGCCAUGCGAAGAACUUGGGCGAAGGAGUGUCUUUGGCCCGUGAGACGCAAGAAUCUGGGAAGGCUCUAAAGACUCUGAACACAUGGAAGGAUGUCUCAAGUAGAAUACAAGACGAUGGAGUUACAAAGAUUUCUUGAAUCAAUUUUGUAUUUUUCAGAAUCACUGGAUAUAUGCAGGGAAGGCCUCGCUGAAUAUGAAUGAGCCAAGAGAUGUAUAAUUAUCAUGGAUGAGAAAUUUAGUUUUGGUAAUAUGUAAAAGUAAUUAUUCUUCUCUGCA